AUGACGUCUAAAGGCGAACAGACCGAACCGACGGCGCCGAAGGAGACGCCGACUGAGCAAGGAAACCCUGAUACCUCGAAGAAUCCACCAUUCAAGACAGCUGAUGAGAAAGAGAAUCCUAUCCUCGCACAGGUACUGGCGGCAGUAAAGAGACUCGAGCUUGACCAUGGAAGGCUAAGUCUCCUUUUGGACGCAAUCAAUGGGCGUAUCGAGAACAUAUCCUUCAACAAGGAUAUUGCGAAGAUGAUGACAGAGGAGCAAUCACUGGAUAGAGAAUUCCCACCAGAAUCAAUACCUACAUCAGGUGCUCAGGAGGAUGGGCGUCUGAGGUCUGCUGCAGAGGACACAACGGGUGUGCCCAGAUCACCCACCGCAGUUAAAUCUCCAAAGCGUGGUGGAACAUCUCGCAUAAUUCUCACAACCUAUCCAGGUCAAUCAGGUAUUGAUCCUAUCAAAAUGGACUGGGGUAACAUGGAUCCAAGGGCCAGAGGGCCUGUUGUUGUCAGCAGACAGUAUGAUACUGUUCGAAGACGAAAUGCCAUUGGGGCGCACGGAGGAUCUUACUCGAUCUACCAUGCUCUCGCAGUCGCUAGCAACAAUCUAGAUACCGAACAUAGACCUGAUUUUACCAAUACCGAACCCGCAACGAAGAUUGGGCCUUUCCCGCAAUGGGGCGAUAAGAAAAAGAUAGUUGCCAUGGACCCGUGGGGUCAUCUUGCCCCAUGGCUCUUCGACGAAUUGAGGACAGACCAUCAGCUGGAUAUCCGUCCAACCAUCGCCAUCACUCGAGCGCACAUGAAAUUGCCGGAGCUUGCUGAUAGUGUUCGUUCAGGCAGACUAGUUCCCGAUGGGAAAAUUUGUCUCAAUGAGACGGGAGAGUUGGCUGUUACCAAGGUCGCUGUAGAACCAGUCUGGUACCUUCCUGGUGUGGCUGAACGGUUUGGCAUAGAUGAGGGCACUCUGCGGCGUGCACUCUUUGAGGUCACCGGUGGAUCGUUUCCAGAACUCAUUACCCGAGGAGACAUCAAAGUCUUCCUGCCGCCAAUUGGAGGGCUGACAGUGUAUAUCUUCGGCGACCCCGCAAAGAUGUCCGACCCGAAUGUCAAGCUUGCUCUGCGCGUCCAUGACGAAUGUAACGGUAGUGAUGUGUUCGGUUCCGACAUUUGCACCUGUCGUCCGUACCUGAUUUUUGGAGUCGAAGAAGCUGUGAAGGAAGCUCAGAAGGGUGGCAGUGGUGUGGUCAUAUAUUUCCGAAAGGAAGGACGAGCACUCGGUGAAGUCACGAAAUAUCUGGUCUAUAAUGCCCGUAAACGAGGUUCUGAUCGUGCAAGCGAGUACUUCAAGAGAACAGAGAAUAUCGCUGGUGUUAAGGAUAUGCGCUUCCAAGCUUUAAUGCCAGAUAUUCUGCAUUGGUUGGGUAUCACCAAGAUUGAUCGAAUGCUCAGCAUGUCCAACAUGAAACACGAUGCAAUUGUUGAACAAGGCAUUCCAAUCAUUGAACGGGUACCCAUUCCCGACAACUUGAUACCAGAGGACAGCAGAGUCGAGAUCGAUGCAAAGAUCCAUGCUGGUUACUUCACAAGCGGUAAAGUCAUGAAUUUAGAAGAGCUUUCGAAUGUCCAAGGACGUCAGUGGGAUGAUGUUGAUGUAAGUUAUCCGGGAAAGUUAUGUGGUGUAUACCUUCACCGUUCUAACACUCUAUUAGCACUGAUCGAUCAAGCCGGCACUUUCGACAGGCUGAAUCCUUCACUCGGGGUGACUCUUGCACUCUCAAAUACCUCCGUCUACGGUCUUAUUUAG